AUGGCACUGGAUGCCCUACGAAAUCCUAUAAUUCCCGGGCUUAACCCAAAUCCAUCGUGUGUCUGCGUGUCAGGGACAUACUACCUCGUGUCCGCCUCCCUGCUCUAUUUUCCGUCAAUUCCGGUGUACACGUCCGUGGAUCUCGUCGAGUGGAAAAAUGUUGGGUAUGUAUGCACUCGUCCGUCCCAGCUGGAUACGAAGGAUUGCAAUCUCAAACCUGGCACUCCUUGGCCCGGUGGUAUCUGCGCCGCUACGAUACGAUAUCAUGGAGGCGUCUUCUACGUCACUGCUACUCUAGUCUACGGGGACAAACAGCCAACGGACUCUUCUCGAUGGCAGAAUUUCUUGUUCACUUGUACCGAUCCGACAAAACAUGAAUGGAGCGACCCUCUGCAAAUCGACUUUAUGGGGUAUGAUACCUCCCUGUUCUUCGACGAUAACGGGAAAGCAUACCUUCAAGGCCUGAGCUGUUCUCGUGCAAAACCCGAAAUCCAGCAGAUGGAGAUCGACUUUGCGACCGGCAACUCACCAAGGGGAUCACCUAAGACUUUAUGGAAACCCGAGUCGGGAACAUACAUCGAGGGUCCACAUAUGUACAGGAAUGAUGGAUUCUAUUACCUGCUUUUCUCCGAAGGGGAAGACUCAAAUACCCUCGGCACAGCUCUUAUGCGUUCUUCCACGCCAUGGGGACCUUUCGACUCCAGUGUCAGUCCGCUUCUCCCCUCUCCUCCGAACGUGUUACGUCCCACAGGCCACACUGAGCUCGUGCACUCUCCAACCGGGUGGCUCGCGCUCUUCGCCUCACCCCGACAAGGCACAGAAGUGUCCUCCUUAGGACCAGAAGCGCACCUCCUCCCUCUCACCUGGCCCUCAGGCGAAUGGCCCACCCUGGGCCCAGCCCUCCCCGUCAACACACCCACGCAGACGACAACCGACGUCCUCGCCCUUCCCCCACUAGCCAGCACCUCCCUCCCCCUCUCAGUACUAACGAUCCGUGCCCCUCCCCCUGCCUCCCCUUAUCGCCGCAUCGGCCCCUCCCUCAUCCUCCGAUCAGACGAGAUCCCGCUCCCCACUGCCGAAUCUCCAUCCCUCAUCCUCCUCCCCCAGCGCAGACAGCGCAGCACAUGGCAUUUCAUCCUCGCCUGGCCGGGCAACGGGCCCUCAUACGACGUCGGACCGAUUUUUGAGGGUGGGGUGACGGUUUACCUGGACUGGAAACGACAUGUGGAUUUUGCGAUCAUCAGGAAUCUGGUCUGGACGGGUCAGGCGAGAGUCAGGAUCGUCGGACCCCAGUGUACCGUCAGCGGGAGGCUGGAUAUCGACUUGCCUGCCAGGCUCAGAGUGGAGACGUUUAAGGACGGAUACGAGUUCUGGGCUAUGCAUAAGGGGGAGUGGAAGAAAAUUGACGUGGUUGACGUUGGGCUUGUGAGUGGGGACAGGUAUGGGGGUGUCGCUAUCGGCCCGUUUUUGACGAGUCAUGAGGCUAUUGAGAUGUAUGUGCAGGAAUGGAAGGUUGAGACACACGAAGAGUUGGAAGGAAAGACUUCUGAUUGACGGGUUUGGACAAUCAUUGCACGCAACUCCGAGAUUAC